AUGUCGAGCAUCCCCACUCCUCCUCCUCCUACUUCAUCUCCAUCUCCUCCGACAACGAGCUUGCUCCUUCGCGACCUCCUCUGCAAUUCAGAAAGGAUACAUCACUAUCAUCAUCUUCUUCUUCUUCUACCAAUGUCGAGCAUCCCCCCUCCUCCUCCUCCUCCUCCUACUUCAUCUCCAUCUCCUCCGACAAUGAGCUCGCUCCCUCGCGACCUCCUCUGCAACGUCCUCUCUCGCCUACCCGGGAUAUCCCUCCUCAGGCUGAGGCCUGUCUGCCGGGAAUGGCGCAACGUCAUUGAUGACCCGGGCUUUGCCGCAGUGCAUGCCACGAGCGGCAUCGAGGGCCCCCGGAUCCUGCUGCUCCUGCGGCCGCUGCCUAGCCCUGCCGGCUGGACGGAUGCCCGGCUCGCAGCCCCGUUCAUGAUGAGUGAUGAGCUCCUAGUGACCUCACUCCCCGAACCAGUCGCGAGCUCGUGGCUCUACGGAGAGGGAGUUUCGUGCCACGGGUUGCUUUGCUUUGACGACCCCCGCAAUGGCGGUGGGACCCAUCUCCUCAACCCUUUGACACGAGAAAUCGCCUUAGUGGCGGGGUCGAGCGUCGCGCCGCGCGAGCAUGGUUACCGGCAACGGAUCGCCUUCGGGUUGGACCGCCUGACUGGCCGGUACAAGAUCCUGCGCGUAAGCUUGUUCUUCGGAGACCACGCGAUCCGCGGGACAAGGGCAGAGGUCCUCGAUCAGGGCUCGAGGUCGUGGAGGGACAUAGCGAGCGUCCCUCCCAGGCUCUUCCUCGGAGUCCCAGUGUACGCUGCUGGAUCGUUCCACUUCAUUUUCGUCGGCAGCGGCUCAGGCAACCGUGUCAUAAAGAUCUUGUCCUUCGACCUCGCGAAGGAGGAGUUCGUGCCGACUCCAUGCCCGGAGUUCCAGAACGCCCACCUGAUGGUCCUCCGGGGAGCGCUGGGGCUCGUCGACCUCUCACAGAACGAGAGCAUAGACGUGUGGACGAUGGAGGAGGAGGGCGGCGGGCGGUGGACAAAGGAGUACAGCAUCCCGCUGAGGGUGCCGCGAGUGUUGAAUACUAGUAACCGGUCCGUAGAGUUUCUGGGCUGCGGCGGCCAGAAGAUGAUGCUCAGGUUCUCGGGAAGCAUCUUGAGCUACGAUCCAGCGACUGGCGAGGUGAAGUAUGUGCAGAGAGGUGGCGCAUCGCUGGCCAGAGCGAUGGGCAGCAUCACUGUAAGCUUGCUGUCGCCGGCCAAAUUGUGGAAUACGGACAAGGUCGUCCUGCCUUUAACCGCGGUUAUGAAAAUGAGCAAGGGCGGAUUGAGUUUAGGCGAAAAAGAGACUUGA